GUCCCGCAAUAAUCGCAGCAGUGGACUAGAUGCGGUGGUGAGACGGAGGUCUACAGUAUUUGCGGGUGCUAAGGUGAACCAACGAACGAGGUGUUCGUUUGCCUGAGCCUCGCGACAGACCUGAGCAGUCGCCAUUAGAGCUUCCCAAACGCACAGCUUUGCGAUCAGCCGAAUAAACAGCACCGCCGCGGCGACGGCAACCUUCGCGCAAGGUUAACCCGCGAUCUCCCACACACACUCACUCUCCCAAACGUUAUCCGCUCUAAGAGCACGCGCUACGCCAUGGCGUGUCGCGGGCAUGGCAGCACGCGGGUCGUCUUCCACGCAAACUCGCUACUACUAGUCGCUAUCUUGGCUCUAGCGCCAUGGACCGAGAAGCCAGAAGGCACUAGGAACGGAAUCAGGCUAGCUAUGGGGCAGGCGGAGAGUCCGCUGAUUGGUCAGGGCAUGGACCCGUACACGUCGAACGUGGUGUCCGAGCCCGUGCCCGUGUACCUCUCCGUCAUGCUGCGGAAGCUCAUUGCCGUCGACGAGCUCAAGUACAGCUACAGCGCGUACUUCCAGGUCGUCACGUCGUGGCGCGAUCCCCGAGUGAACGACACGCUGGGCGUGUGGAAGGUGGUGGACCAGUUGAGCCCGGACCUGGUGGCGGGCGCCAUGAGCGGGUGCAAGCCCAACGUGACGUUCGCCGGGUACAACAUCAGCCAGAAGGAAGACUGCCUGGGCGGCCUCAGCCAGACGGGUCUGCCGCAGCUGAAGGACUGCAAGAAGCCGUGCACGCCGGUGGGCACGCGGUGCUGCGACGGCGUGUGGCUGCCGUCGCUCAACAUCCCCAACGUCAUCUUCUUCCCGCAGGACCGCUACUCCACCGAGAGCAUCUACUUCUUUGGCGACAUCAACAACGACAUGAGCGCGGUGGACCGAGAGGUCGUCGUGGAAGGCGAGUUCUCCUCUCCUUUCAACUUCCAGCGCUUUCCCUUUGACUCCCAAGACCUGCGGUUCACAGUGACGGUGGAGAGCGGGAGCAUCUACCUGGUGUCGAGCAACUCGGGGCGGCAGCAGGAGCAGGCGUCAAAGGGGCUCAGCGGGGGCGGCGGGGGCGGCUUCUCCACGGACGAGGUGACAGGGUGGAAGAUCGACCGCGUGGGGCUCAACUGCUCCGCGGCCUCCUCCAACACCGCUGUCUCAGAUCUUGCCACCUAUGCUAAAGUACCAUCAGCAGCAUGUUAUAUUGACGACGUGUUGAUCUACAGCAAGAGUGAGGAGGAACAUGCAGAGCAUCUGAGAGCAACACUUGACGCGAUAGCAGCCGCGGGACUAACCUGUCAUCCGGAGAAGUGCAAGAUAGCUAGUAGGGCCAUUGGGUACCUGGGAUUUGAAGUUCAAGGAGGAAAAAUGGGUAUCCAGGAGGCGAAGGUGGCAGUGCUUGAUAAGCUGAGGGCACCGAAAGGCAAGGGAGCACUGAGAGCACUCCUGGGAUUCUUGAACUACUAUCGACGCUUCAUCCCCAAUUUCAGCAAGAGAGCUCACAGGCUGAACCAGCUGCUGAGGGAGGGGCAAGCCUGGAAGUGGGGACCAGAGGAGGAGCAGGCGAGAAGGGAUCUGCUCGAGGCUAUCAAAGCAGGAACGGUGCUGCAGCUGCUAAAGAGAGACGCACCGUUCACGCUUUACACGGACUGGAGCAGCAUGGGCAUGGGAGCUGUAUUGUGUCAAGAGGUGGAGGGAGAAGAGCGAGUGGUGGCCUAUGCCAAUCGAAGCUGCAUAGCAACAGAAGCCAACUACAGUUCCUACGAAGGGGAAGGACUGGCAGCUGUAUGGGGAGUAACACACUUCAGGGCCUACCUGCAAGGGCAGAGAUUCACGCUGAUAACAGAUCACCAGCCACUCUUGUGGCUGAUGACCAACCGAUCUCUGACGGGGCGGAAUGCACGGUGGGCGAUGCGACUGCAAGAGUACGACUUCCUUAUCAAACAUCGCGCAGGAAAGACGCUACAGCAUGCGGACGGGCUUGGGGAAGAGGCAGAGGAUCCCUGGGCGCAGGUGAGCAGCAAUGGGGCGCCGGAGGACCCGUCAAAGCCCACCACGUGUGUGUUUGUCAUCACCAUCUCGCGCACCAGCCCCGUCUACGUCCUCUCGGUGAUUCUGCCGGUGAUGCUGAGCGUGUAUCUGACCUUCUCGGUGUUUUUCGCUAAGCCCGAGGACCUGGAGCUCCGCUCUGCCACGUGUGUGACGCUCUUCCUCGCCCUCGCUGCCGUGCAGUUCGUCAUCGACAGCCAGCUGCCGCGCACGUCGAGCAUAACGCAGUUUGGGUACCUGGUGAUCACGUCCUACAUCUUCAUCAUGCUCGCCACCAUCGAGUCCGUCGUCGUCUUCUGGCUUGCCGAGCGGAUAGAGAAGGACGUGGUAAAGGAAGUGAGCAAGCGCUUUGGGUCGCACCGCCCCGCGCUGCCGGCCACGGCAACCGCGCACGACGCCUACAACACGCUCUCCGUGGAGCUCAUGAAGGCGCAGCCGCCGCCCGGCGCCGCUGCCGCCCGGGGAGAGGAGGGCGGGAGUGAGGCUAGUGCGGAGGAGCGGGAGGAGCUGCGGGCGAAACAGGCGGAGAUGGGUGAUGGGGCGGGGGUGGGGGCGGGGCCUGCAGAAGCGCACGAAACCCCAGGCAGAAAGAAGUGCGGCGGCAUAUGGCCUUGGGGAUGCCUUCAGCACAUUGGUUAUCGUUACAAGCCCAGGACAGAGGGGCACGAGGAUGAGGUUAACUAUAAGCUUGCUGUGACGAUUGACGCGGUUUGCGCCUUUGUUUUCUUCACUGUGUACACCAUAGUAUGCAUUGUCUUGUAUGCUCGUUGAUGUGAUUCCCGCUGUAGUAUGACGGUGCAUGCUUGCAGUACCGUACAUACAGUCCUUGCUGUUAAAUUAUAUAUUUUAUAUAUAUCAUUGUAUGCUUGGUUGGUGCUAUUGGAUCCUAUUGUAGAGGGU